CGGCGGGGCUCCGCCUGCGGCUUGGGCCCGCACCGCCGCCUCCCGCCGGGGCCGGGCGCCGCCAUGGCGGAGUGGGGCCGAGGUCAGAGUCCAAGUGCCGUGGAGGAUAUGUUAGAUGCUGAGAACAAGCGAAUGGCUGACAGUCUUGCCAGCAAGGUCACCAGGCUGAAAUCACUGGCUCUGGAUAUUGACAAAGAUGCUGAUGAACAAAACCAUUAUCUGGAUGGCAUGGAUUCAGACUUUAUGAGUGUGACUGGCCUGCUGACUGGCAGUGUGAAGCGUUUCUCCACCAUGGCACGGUCAGGGAGGGAUAAUCGCAAGUUACUCUGUUACGUCUCUGCAGGACUGAUUGUUGUCUUCUUCAUCCUCUACUAUCUUGUGUCAAAAGCAGGGACUUGAGCAUGGUUUUCAUGCCGGAAAUUUUACAGACCAAAAAUCGUGCGAUGGUUGACAGACUUAUUGAAAGCCUUUUUUAGUCUGCCCUGUUGUGGAGUCUUUGAGGCAUUCCAAACAGUCCAAAUAACUUUUCUGUUCUCUGACUUACUGUCACUGAUCUGGCUGAUCUUGGAGAUCUCUCUAUAAAAUAAGUAUGUUUCAUUCUAAACUGAUUUUUCACAUGUAAAACAAUUUUGAUGUUGUUUAUGCUUAAGCCUUCAUUUCUUGCCUUGUUGUCCAUGUCCUUCAGCCUAUUUUCAAUGGCCACUUUUGUGUUACCCACAUUACUGCUAUCCCCUACUAGGCUUGUGAAGAGUUGGGUCAGACAAAAUCCAGAGACUUACCAGUGCUCAGAAGUUUAAUAAAUGAGCAAAAGUCCAAAAUCUGCAGAGUUUAGGAUGCUGAUUUUUGAGAUUUGGAGGUAUGAGCUUGAGACUUUUAUUCCAGCUCAGCCACUCUGCUCAUACACAGUCUCAGUUUUACCUUGACUUGGAAGCAUGUUAGUAUCAUUGGUGUCACUGGAUUGGAAUUCAGUCUGUACAGCUUUGAAAUUAAAUCAACUCUAGAUCUGGACCCCCAACAGACUAUGAUUGCUGCAGUGACCAGUUGCAGAGCAAGACUUUGAAUGAUAGCUUUGCUUUAUUUAUUAUCCUUUUAGGUGAAGCUGAGUGUGAACACUGCAGGAAAAGAAGAGCCAAAGUCCAUAAAUUGUUAUUUGCACAUGUAUAGUACCUUUCCACACACUUGAAAAUACACUCCCUUAGACUGUUAAAACUGUAUAAAAGCUCUCAUAUCAACUUCCCCUCCAAUCUUUUUAAGAUAUUUGCUUCAGGCCUCAAACAGUUUAUCAUAAUUAUUACCAUAUCCUUGUAUUACAGCCCUUUGGCUGUAAUUUGAGCAAAUAAAAAUAGAGGUUGUGGGCAAGUUAAAUUCGUAAACCACAUCUUGUUGAGUUAGUGGUUGGGGAACUGGGAAGGAUUUGAUCUGAGGGUUGGCUGAUUUAUUUAUUUAAGUAGAUAGUAACCUAAGAAACUCUUAACUUGCUGUCCUGUCCAUAGUGCUUCUGAGAUUCCUGCCUGAAAUAUUUGUGAGAGGUGUGUGGGAAAGCACAUCCAUACAAGUUUUGUUUAUAAAGCAGUCAUUCCCAAUGAACGUGCAAUGAGCACAAGAUUUCCUCUCCUGAGGUAGUGCGUCUAACUGUGUCUCAGAAGGCCAGGAGUACAGCAGUUGGGAGCUCUUAACUUCCCUUCACCCUUCUUUCUUUUCAUUGGGCUGGUCAGCCUCUCACUUAUGUCACUACCCCAUGUGUAUUCUUCUGUAGCUGACUUCAAUCUGCCUCUAAUUAUAGUAAAAGUUCUGUAACUUUCAAAAAUACUGUGCAUGUUGAAAGAAACGAAACUCAGCUCUUUCCAGAGGAAACCCUCACUACAUAUUAUAUAAACCUUUUACUAUACAAAGCAACUGUACAAAGGUACUUCUGUGUUUCAUGCAGUCUGUUUUCUGUUCCAAGUGUUGAUGUGUUCUGGUUUUCUUUGCUGGAAUUCUUCAUUUACUUUGUUCUCUUAUCCUACUGUAACAACUACCUCUCGAGGACUAAAGUCUUUCUCCUCUUUUACAGUCGAUUUCUCCAACAAGUCUAUUAUUUAUCAAUCCCUAUGUGUUUCAUUUGGCCUUGACAUUGUAUCUUUAGGAAUUCCUUUCUGCUUGGACUAAACUAGGUCUAAAUCUAAAUGGACUGUGCUGUUUUUUGCUUAAACUCUGUCAAACUUUUAACAAAAUACUUCCCUAAUUUGAUUGUGUGUCUUUUUUCCAAGUUUGGGGAAGAAGGUGCAGUGAAGGUGAGUAGGAAAGGAGGCAACAGUGAAUUUCUCUGGUUCUUGUUUCCGCUUCUCUGGUAAGAUGCAGCAGUUCCAAACUCUUUUUACACUUGGAAGAAUGAUGAGUGAAUUGCUGGACUCUUUUAAUUUUCUGAAGUGGAUCACUUUUGCUGAAAGGCCUCUGAAAGAGCCUAGUCUUCAUAGUAGUGAUGAUUUCAGUUUGCUUUUUAUGUUGUAAAUAAAAUUACACUUUUUAGAAAAA